AGCAUUACAUGUUAGGUUGUUUCUCAGAGGGAUUUUUUUCCCCCUCACAUUAAGUUUGGGAGCAAACUCUUGAAAGAUGAAUCAAUUUAUUUUAUAUGCUGGAUUGGCUUUACUGCUUGGUAGAUCAAUACCAACAGCUGCACAAACAACAACUCAAGAAAUUACAACUGAAGUCACAUCUACAACUCUUCUGGAAACAUAUACUACACCAUCAUUUAUAUUGGAUUCAACGACAGAAACAGAAACAUCAACUACACCAGCUUCUGCAUUGGGACCAACAACAACAGCUAGAUCAACAGUGGUAGCUCAACCAACAACAACUGAAACCACUUCUACAUCUCAAAUGGAAACAUCAGCUACACCAGCAUCUACAACUCAACCAACAAUGCCUCCGCCAACAACAACAACACCAACUACAACUGAAACUACAACUACAAAUGAACCAGAAACAUUAACUACAUCAGUAACUACAUCUGAUCCAACAGUGGCAUUUCAACCAACAUCUGAAACCACAUCUACAACUCAAACAGAAAUAUCAACUACACCAGCAUCUUCAUCUGAACCAACAACAGCAGCACAACCAACAACAGUAAUUCAAUCAACAUCAACUGAAACCACAACUCAAACAGAAACAUCAACUAUUUUAGCAUCUACAUCUGAACCAACAACAAUAGCUGAAUCAACACUGGUAGUUCAAACAACAACAACUGAAACCACAUCUUCAUUUCAAACAGAAACAUCAACUACACCAGAAUCUACAUCUGAAUCAACAACAAUGGCUACAACUCAACCAACAACUGCCUCGCCAACUACAACCCAACCACAAACAACAACUGAAACCACACCUACAACUCAAACAGAAAUAUCAACUACACCAGCAUCUACAUCUGAACCAACAACAGCAGCACAACCAACAUCAACUGAAACCACAACUCAAACAGAAACAUCAACUAUUUCAGCAUCUACACCUGAACCAACAACAAUAGCUGAAUCAACACUGGUAGUUCAAACAACAACAACUGAAACCACAUCUACAACUCAAACAGACAUAUCAACUACACCAGCAUCUACAUCUGAAUCAACAACAAUGGCUACAACUCAACCAACAACUUCCCUGCCAACUACAACCCAACCACAAACAACAACUGAAACCACAUCUACAACUCAAACAGAAACAUCAACUAUUUCAGCAUCUACACCUGAACCAACAACAAUAGCUGAAUCAACACUGGUAGUUCAAACAACAACAACUGAAACCACAUCUACAACUCAAACAGACAUAUCAACUACACCAGCAUCUACAUCUGAAUCAACAACAAUGGCUACAACUCAACCAACAACUUCCUCGCCAACUACAACCCAACCACAAACAACAACUGAAACCACAUCUACAACUCAAACAGAAAUAUCAACUACACCAGCAUCUACAUCUGAACCAACAACAGCAGCACAACCAACAACAGUAAUUCAACCAACAUCAACUGAAACCACAUCUUCAAUUCAAACAGAAACACCACCUAUACCCCUAGAAUCUACAUCUGAAUCAACAACAAUGGCUACAACUCAACCAACAACUUCCUCGCCAACUACAACCCAACCACAAACAACAACUGAAACCACAUCUACAACUCAAACAGAAAUAUCAACUACACCAGCAUCUACAUCUGAACCAACAACAGCAGCACAACCAACAACAGUAAUUCAACCAACAUCAACUGAAACCACAUCUUCAAUUCAAACAGAAACACCACCUAUACCCCUAGAAUCUACAUCUGAAUCAACAACAGUGGCUACAACUCAACCAACAACUUCCCCGCCAACUACAACCCAGCCACAAACAACAACUGAAACCACAUCUACAACUCAAACAGAAAUAUCAACUACACCAGCAUCUACAUCUGAACCAACAACAGCAGCACAACCAACAACAGUAAUUCAACCAACAUCAACUGAAACCACAUCUUCAAUUCAAACAGAAACACCACCUAUACCCCUAGAAUCUACAUCUGAAUCAACAACAAUGGCUACAAUUCAACCAACAACUUCCCUGCCAACUACAACCCAACCACAAACAACAACUGAAACCACAUCUACAACUCAAACAGACAUAUCAACUACACCAGCAUCUACAUCUGAAUCAACAACAAUGCCUACAACUCAACCAACAACUUCCUCGCCAACUACAACCCAACCACAAACAACAACUGAAACCACAUCUACAACUCAAACAGAAAUAUCAACUACACCAGCAUCUACAUCUGAACCAACAACAGCAGCACAACCAACAUCAACUGAAACCACAUCUACAACUCAAACAGACAUAUCAACUACACCAGCAUCUACAUCUGAAUCAACAACAAUGGCUACAACUCAACCAACAACUUCCUCGCCAACUACAACCCAACCACAAACAACAACUGAAACCACAUCUACAAUUCAAACAGAAAUAUCAACUACACCAGCAUACAUCUGA